GAGUUGAUAUAUAUAUCGGGGAUGCGGUGGUAUUUGUGCCUCUUGCCGGCGAGCAAGGACCAAAUUGGAAGAGGGAUACCUCCAUCAUUAUCCGCUCUUCGUUCAACUGCUUUCUAGCAAAGGUGAGACGCAAUUGAUCUGGGGCACUGCUGACUCAUCCUCGGUCUUGGUCUUGACCCUGCCAAUGGUUUUAAUGGGGCUGCCGCUGCAGUAGCUAGCUGGAUCCAGCAAAGUCAAGCCCUUCAGCCCCCACUUUAGUCCUCAGUUUGUCCGACCCUGAUCCCACGGAACCUACCGUAGUCCCGAAUUCGGCCUCUUCUUUGCCUUAGCCUGGCCCCCGUCGGCUUCCAUAUACAUAAAUACCUUUAGUUAGUAGCUAUCGUUGAGAGUGGAUCCUGAUCCUUUCCAAUGGGUGUCGCUGUUGCCAUCAGGUUUCCAAAAGGACGGAUAUUACAGGUCUACUGGCUUAUAUUUUGCCAAGCAAACAAGAAUGUUAACCGUCCGACAGCCUCGAUCUUCAAAGACGAUCCACCCACUCUUAACAUCUGGCCGCUUUCGACUGGACUUCGACUGUCACUCUUCAUCCCUCUCUCCCAGAACCGUCAGCAGUCUACUAGUAAGCUUGUUUUCUCUUGUGUUUCUCCUUGAAUCAAAAUGCCGCGAGAAGGCUUGGAUCAACUGGCUUUGCCUGGAGCAAAUGGGUCGAAUGGAUCCUCCGGAGCGAUGUUUUGGGACAAAUCAUUGUCUGCAUUCAACGCAAAUGCUGACGGGUUGUCGUUCGACCACGAUUUUGGGGGUGGCUUCCCUGGUCUCACCAGUCGUCGCGAUCAAGACCUUGGAGGAUCUGUUGAAGCCUUCCCCAAUCAGCCGAUGAAGCAAGCUGAGACUGAAUUCCUUCAAUGGGACAAAUCGAGCCAACAACGCGAGUUGGACUUGCUGAAGAGCCUUGUUAGAAAGAGCGAAAUGAAGGUUCAGAAGCGAUCAAGGGAACUUUACGACACUGCCGACGAACGAGAUUGGGUAGAGAAGCAUGAUUCUUCCCUGAAGGAAAUUGUGGGGACUCGAAAUCUCGGCGGCUCAGCGGCCGACAUUGAAAAUACAAUGCUGCUCAGUAACACAUCCGAUGGUCGAACUGCUAUUCCCCAAAUUACGGCCGGUCAGUACCCACAGCCAUCUAGCAGCUCUAACGCAAACAGCAAUAGUCGUCCCUGCGAUCCACAGAUUGUUCGCUACCAUUUUGAAGUUGUGAAGAAUCAGAAGAACAAAGAGACGUUUGCGGACGCUGCCAGUGAUCUUGCCAAAAAAUCAGAGAGCUCCGGGGUCUUCCCAUAUUCCACGGCGCUGAAGCUUAUUUCGUCCAUGAUCUCACGACCAAAUUUCUCACGAGAAGAGGUCGCCUUGGCUUCUAUUUCUCAUUUUUCUGCUCAGUUCGACGCUUGGAUGACAGGACGAGUUCGCCAGGGAACAACCGUAUCCGCUUCCGCUUACAAUAGCCCCAGGGCAAACACCGUCGCCAGUUUUAUUUCAUCGGAACUUGGUGCCGGGGCGGAAACGUCUAUAUGGCCUUGCCUCUAUCUUUGCUUACGGGUUGGAGACGCCGUAGCAGCCAAGGAGUUCUUUGACCGCACUGCUACGCCAAAUGAAAGCAAUGAAACUAGAAUCGCAAUUGGCAACAUUUUGGCAGCGCUUUGCCAGCGACAAGGCACAUUGCCGUCUUUGUGGGAUGCUCGUGGGCCUCUUACACUACCGGCUCAUGAUAGGCGUGCGAUUGCGGAUGCUUCUGAGGUGUCAACGCCUACUGAUAAUCGUUUCGAGGUAUAUCGCACCGGGUUUUUGACGCUCCUUGGGUGCUCUGGCGAGUUUCCAUCGUCACGCUUGGCUGGAUUCAGCACAAUCGAAGAUUACCUGUUUGGGAUGUUGAACAGUGCCUUGCAUCAUCCUUCUCCUGAACAACUCGACAGGGUGGGGAAACAAAUCGUUCAGUUUGGUCCGGGAUAUUUCGGCGACCAAGACUCUUCAGGUUGGUCGUACUGUUUGCCACUUCUGGCUUCACAGCAGUUUCGCACCGGUCUGUCUCAUUUGUCCCAGGUCGGCGGUCAGACGGGGAGGAUGCAAGCAACACACCUCGGAAUGUUCCUCUUGGGAUCCAAAGGAUUGCUGAAUAUUUUGGAAGAGUCUGAACGGCGCACAACGGAGAGUUUUUUCAUUUCUCUGCUGGUUGGCUAUGCUACGUGGCUGGACGGCCAUCAAGCCUAUGGUGCCGUUUGUGCGCUGGAAUAUUUACAAAACAUUCCCGAUGAGAACGUGAAGAGGAACGAGUUGGUUUCUCUGCUCGUUCGGACCUCUCAAAUCGAGAUGUUAGCUGGCAGUAUCACAAUGCAAGACGGCAAGAGAAGCAGGGGUGCCCUUGACGCGCACUUCCCCACUAAUGAGGUCUCGUUUUUGUUGAAGCAGGCGGGAGAGAAAUGCAAAGAUGCCACUGACCGUCCCCGUCGACUUCACGCUGUCCGUCUGUACAUGUUGGCGGGUGAGUUCAGGGGCCUUAUGGAAAUGAUGAUGCGGCUAAUGGUGUCCAGCUCGGAAGUCCACGAUGCAGAAAACCAGUAUUGGUGUACCGAAAGCAACGGUUUCUGCUCCAAUUUCCUCAAUCAACCUUCAAUCGCUGGUAACUUGGAUGCGAAUGUGGUUGCCACCUUUUCUGCCAUGAUCGAAAUUGCCAACUUCAAAGCACGAAUUCAAGCUGGAGCCCAGCGUGAAGCCUGGUCGGCGAUUGAUCGCCUGGACUUGAUCCCGAAAUCUGAAGCUGAUGUCUCCAGGAUCAAGGAGACGUUCAACGCCAUGGCUCCAGUCCUCAAGGAGCAAGUCCCUUGGGUACUGCUUGGUGCUAUGCGUUCGUUCUGUGGCGAGUAUCAUCGGUUGAAGAAUGGACUACGGCCAGCAACAGAGAGCACCACUAUGGAAGCUCUUCGUGAACUCAAAGAACGGGCUCGGGUAGUGCUUAUUUCUGCAGGGAUGAUCUCCUCCAACGAGGUGAAUGCGCGGAUUCAGCUGGAUACAAUGACUCAGCUCGAAGCAAGAAUGAUCUAGCUAGCCAGGCUACCUGUGGACUCGACCGAGCUAUUCUAUUCCGCGCUCCAGCGAGACCAAUGAUUCAUUGUAUCAAAUGGCACGAAAAUGCGAGGAAGACCGAUGUUGAUAUAAGGAUAUUCCGUAGCGGUGUCACAGCAGUACUUCUAAGAAUAAUCACGACAGAGCGGGGAGCUGGCUUCACUGACAGUGGCACCUGGGCCUUGGCCCAUGGGUCGUCCUCAAGCACUUUUCGUCCUCGAUUCAUCAUUCGUUCAUUACUUUUGAGUUUUUUUCAAAGAUUCGAGCGGGUACUACACCAGGGAUCAUCAUCUAACUAAGUUCGAGUAAUAGGAUCACUAUAGUGCCCCCCCCCGGUACUGGUUGGUUGUUGCCGUCAUUGGCGACUGCACGUACCGGUAGCGCACCGGUACAGUGGUCCUGAUACCGAACAGCCAAAAAGUUGCUUACGGUGUUUUGUUUAGUCCCGUGC